UUUCAAUUUUCUUUACGAAAAUAUUAAAUAAAACAAAUAGGAAAAAGGCCAUGUCCGCAAUUCCCUUGCUUCCUUCCUUUGUACUACGCAUCAGCACGCCAAAAAGAACUCAACUUCACCACCAAAAGCUUGAAAUCAAAGCCAUGCGAGCUGUGGUUCAACGAGUCACCUCUGCCAGCAUCGAGGUCGAUGGGCGCAUUGUGUCCGAAAUCGGGCCGGGCCUCCUUGUCCUCGUCGGGCUCCACGAGUCUGACACUGACUCCGAUGCCGAUUUCAUUUGCCGUAAAGUUUUGAACAUGAGGUUGUUUCCCAAUGAAAAUACAGGCAAAGGAUGGGACUUCAAUGUUAUGCAGAAGAACUAUGGAGUUUUACUGGUGAGUCAGUUUACAUUGUAUGGAAUUUUGAAGGGUAACAAACCUGAUUUUCAUGUGGCAAUGCCACCCCAGAAAGCAAGACCGUUCUAUGAUUCUUUAGUUGAAAAGUUCCGGAAAUCAUACAACCCGGAUGCAAUAAAAGAUGGCGUCUUUGGAGCAAUGAUGAAGGUUAAUCUGGUUAAUGAUGGCCCAGUCACAAUGCAGCUUGAUUCAGCACCAUCUUCCAAGAAUACAAAUGAAGCAAUAGGAGAAUCAUGAUUUUGUCAACUUCCUUGGGUUAGAUUGAUGUCAAACAAUGGACCUGUUUUUUUCUUAUAUGACCACAACCUGAAUUUAAUAACUUAUAAUGUAGCCUGAUCAGUUGUAAAACAUGAAGCUCUUUGAAGGAAUGUAUAACAGUUCUUGUAUUAGUGAAAGUUAAACUCAAUAUUUUGGA